CCACGUGACCAGAGGACACCUUCAUGUAACGUCUGUCUACAUCACAGUCUUUGUUUAAAUUUGUACCACCACGAUGGUGAAAGAAUGGAGAACGGCUCGGAAGGAAAUCGAAGAUGUCAUAAGACACAACGAACGAACGAGCAUUACUGUGACCGACGGUAUCCAGAUUCAACACAAACUGAAAAAUCAACAUCCGAUUCGUUCGUUUGCCUUUUCUCCAUCUAUGAGCAAAGGACAGGAUAACGAUCUGUGCAUAACACACUACGGAAUCAUGGGAAACAACUACUUCGGGGUGUGGAAAGUUGGCUCAAGCGUCAAGUACUGCAGACUGUCGACACGCUACAACAUAUCCCGUAUGAUAGGCAUCAAACGUCUGAAACGACGCAUAUUUGUUGGCUAUUGUAGUGAUCUUCAGCUGCGAGUUUUCGAUACUCGUUUGGAAGAGUUGUCCGCACGUGAAGUUCUCAGCUCUGUGCUGUGUUUUGCGUACUGCCACCACACGGAUGAGUUACUAACAGGCGGAAUUGGAUGCAUAAAUGUGUGGAGUUUUGGAGAACAGACGAGAAAGCCUCUUGCGUGCACUAGAUCAUUACGACAUUCCAUGGGCAGUAACGAGUGUAUCAUCCAUUUGUUAGUUGAUGAGUGGUGUAAAAGAUUGCUAGCGACACACCAAGAUGGCGUCCACGUUAUUAGUCUACAGAGUGGACAGGAAGAGGGUAUCGUUCCUAACAGACACAGCAACUCGUUGACGUGCUCUGCCAUUGCUAAUCAUCUCGGAUUUCUUCUUACUGCAUCUAGUGAUGGAUCCAUAAAUAUCUGGUCUGGAACGUCAACCGUCUUUACUUUCAUACACACUUUGUCAGGUCACCAAGGCUGUGUAACAAGUCUGCUGUGUCAUCCUGUUGAGUCAGUUGUAAUUUCUUCGUCACUCGAUGGCAACAUAUGCGUGUGGAGACUCGACACAAUGGAGGAGGAUCGAUACAAUAUCGGAGUUGAAAUUGAAGAGAUAAAGUUAGCAGGAGGUGAUCGUCUCUACUGCAAUCUCAAGGAUUAUAUAUACGUCUUACAGUUAACUCUGCUGCAGACUGUUUUUUCCUUCGUUCAUUCUCCGGUUUUGACAAUUGAAAGAGUGUCGUCGUCUCUGGCUCUACCAGCUCGACUGUUAGUGAGAACGGACGACGAAAGUGUGCGGUUGGUCUCUCCACGCAACGGCUCCGUCCUUACAACAGUCUAUCCAGUCAUUAAUACACACGGUAAAGAGAUAAUGCAAGUUACCUAUGCGAGGAGAGAAAACAGGAUGUUUGCUCUUUUGGCUACAAAUCAAGUCAUGGUAUUGAAUUGUAAGACCAAUCCGAGCACAACCGAAGAAAUGUGGAGUACGUCGAUCGAAGACGACGUUCCUCUCUGCAUGGCACUUCUAAACACACUAGAAAACGACGACAACACCAACAGUCGAGCACCAACCACUUGUUUACUGUUUGCCGGCCAUAGAACGGGAAACAUAUCAUUGUUAUAUGGUCAAGGAGUGUCUCUCUGCGAAAACGAAAAGGCUCAUCAGAGCCAAGUGGUGAGGUUGGAAGCGUCGAGUAGAAUGACACCAGGGGAUAAUCAGUAUGGCCAUUUGCUGUCAAUUGGUGGAGAUCAGACACUAAAAGUGUGGAGACUGAAAGUACAAGAAAGAUCAAAAUCAAGUUGUGUGUUAGAACUCGUCUGCAUUGCAACUCUGUCUAUUCCCUCGUUGCCACGAUUUUGUGUGAUGACAAGAAACAUGGUGGCUGUCGUACAACAAGACAAUUGUGUUUUUAUGUAUCGCGUGUCUGAGUCCAGUAGUGUCGAAGCUCUCACGCACAGUCGGGACUGUGAGCAUGUGAGUGAAGUUAUGGAUCUGGCUUGUUGUGCGACUCACUUGAUAUUUGCGACGUCGAGUUGUGGAGGCAGCGUUAAGAUCUGGGAUGAGGAGAACGUGCUCAUUCGUGACGUCAAGCUCGGUACGACUCUGAGAACUAUGGCAUUUUGUAACAUGCGUGGAGACUUGCUGAUUGGACACGGAAAACAUAUUAGCAUAAUCCCAGCUCACCGUUAUCUCCCUGCUCCGUAUCUAAAACGUCUACUGAAGAUGAACGUCGUCGACGAUCCAUUAGAAAAGAGUCUUCCAUUCGACGCAAACGUCGAGUUCUGGUAUGAUCCACGCCGCAUCCCUUCUCUCUCCUUGGGCGACAACCGUCGUCGUUCCUUCUCUCCUCUAUCCCCAACAGACGGAACCACAACUUCACUAUUCCUACCUCCCAUAACAUUACGUGAAGAUGAGAAACAAGGCAACACGUCAGAGUCGCAAACAACAAACAUCAAGGACGAUGACCACCGAUUGCCAAAAGUGUCCACAACUUUGCCAGUCGUGCGACGUAAAACGAUUUUCGAUGCGUCACAUCAUGAGAAUUCCUCCAUCUUCUAUCAACCGCGUGCAAUCAGACCGCCUGAAGGCUUGAAGAGUCGUUCGAGGGAUAAACCAUUUUGGUGUGCUCCCGGUGUCUACCUGCCGAAUUCCGUCGUCCGCAGUCUGCGCAAAUCCGUCGACGUCGCUCCACCACGCUUCAUCCCUCCGAUCGUACUCGACCGUUUGGCCACCCGGAUAAUUAUAAGACAAACGGAAGAUGAUGAGAAGAAGAUAUGCGACCGGAAACAAACUCCUGAAGAAAAUUUGGCGGAUCAGACUGUCAGUAAUUCUUCUGCGUUGAUAAUCGAGGUGAACAAGGCGAGUCCCGAGAAACGAGAGCUACCUACACUGCCAAGCAUAUCAGGUCUGAUGGAAACGUUGGAUAAGAUAUCAAGAGCAAGCAGUGAGGCUACAAGAACGGCAAGCCCCAUACAAAACGAGCCGAUCAAACAAACACAAACGGACGCCAUCGCAUCGACCGAGAAGAUACUCACUCCAAUUUCAAUUCCAACAUCACCGGCUCCUGCUCGGGAGGAAAUACCAACAGAAACAAAAGAGGAUGAAAUCGAGGUAUCCACUAGGGAAGAUAUAGUUGAUCAGGAGAAGGUUGUGGAAGCUGUAGAGACGGAUAAGGUGGUGGUAAACGAGAAAGUGAGAGCGAAAGAGAAGCGUGUUGUCAAGACGAGGAAGAAGAGAGUCGUUGUGGCGAAACCAGCGAGAAAGCUGCAGGCAACUACGCGUGUUGUAAGGCCAAAAACAAAGCCAACUGAAAGAGUCGUGAGAACAAAGACUCCGCGUACGUUUUACUUGCAAGAGUCUGUAUACGUAUUUACAGAUAUCAUGCUGAUGCUUCCACACACACACACACACACGCUAACUACGGACGUUGCAAUUGUAACUGCAACGAUUCCUCAUGGUAUCUCAAGAGUGACAGUAAACUACACUGUCAAAGAGAAAUCGGAGGAGAGUGAGAGAGAUGAUGAGAGUCUGCCCAAGGCGAAACGUAUCGUGAGGCGCUUAGAACACUCUAAUCCUAGGAAGAGGAUACAAGCUAUUAAGUCUAUAGAAGCCGAUGCACGUACAGGACAAAAGAAGCCGCCUAAGGAACUGUUUCUUGCUGUUCUCGCCAAAACCCAAGACUCCGACGAAAACGUGCGACUGCAAAGUCUUGAAACUGUUGCAACGUUGUCUUUGUUGAAGGAAGGGCGGAACGUCGAUGAACUGACGAAGACAAUCAAACAAAAUUUGGACAGACACGGCCUCGCCUCUACACUCGAAGGUAGCGGAUCAUGUUCGGGCGGAUAUCAAUCUGGAGCUGGCAAGAAAAGGCAAACUCCUGAGGACCCGGAGCAAUCAAACGAAAGCGAGCAGCCAAAACCCGCUAGUCCUGCUACAAGACUAGACAUGAUGAGAGAGGCAAUCAGUUCAGGUCAGGAAAGUGAAGACAAAGUUGCUGCUCUUCUUAAUAGAAUCCAAGGUCUAGAUGAACAAGUUGGACUAAAAAGUCUUCAAGAACAACCCAGCAACGUCUUUGUCGUCACAGGAACAGAUACUUCGAGUGAGACCGAGGAAAUCUUGGGUGCUUCGGUCACUUCGUUGGAGAGCAGUACAAACGAGGACGUUAGUCAAGUUCCCGAACACCAGCAACAACAGAACAACGGCAGUCUUGCAGAAAGACGACAGACACUUGAAAAUAUUACAAAUGUGACUCAACCAGAUUACAGCAGUGAUGUCGCUCAAAGUUUAUCAUCAAGCCGUAAAACUCCGCUCACUGGCAGAAAUUCUGUAGAAGGUAAUGUUGAUGCUAAAGAAGGUGAAUCACAAGAGCGGAGUCACAGUGUUUCCUUUCUAAUCGACGAACUGGUGGAUUCCAUUCGCGAGAGUAACCAACAACCUACAGAUACAGCAGCAAACAAAGUCCAAAGGAGUGAAGACUUACUGGUCACUGUUCUCGCCAGGAUUGAACUACUAGAAGGAACAGCAGACCUCAAUGAUGUGAAUGAAACUACGUUUUUAGAAAGAGAAAGAAUUGACGUUGACGAAUUACGAGAAAAGCUGGGUAGCUACACUACACUGUCGACUCUCAUUUCUCAUAUUACGGAAAUGACUUCUCGAUUGGAUAGUGUGUUGUAUUCCGUUACAAAGAAAAAGUCGAUUAUUGAAGGUCUUGUGAAGACAAUGACGGCUCUGUUGGACGGCACAAGAAAGACCCCCGAUCAAAGUCGAUCGACUUCUAGAACUCGUAGGAGAUCGAUCAUUGCUUUAUUGAUUGAGCAAUUACGUAAUGGCGAUGCGGCCACUAAACGAACAGCCAUCUCAGGACUGGAAAAUCUCGCUCUUUCAGGUGUAGAAGAUGACGACCUCUGUAUUGCUCUUCUUGCUGCGACGCAGGAUUCAGAUGAAGGUGUUCGACUAAGGAGUCUGCAAGCCGUUGCAAGCUUGUACCUCGUUGGAGAAGGCCGCCAUAUUGCCAAGCUGCAAAGGAAACUCAACGACGCAACCGAGAAGCUGCGCUCUUCUAGCACACUCGCUGAUUCCGAAAUGAAGCUACUAGAACCAGACAGUCCUCAAUGUGAACCUGCCGACUCAACAUCUGAACUAGAAAAAUCAACAUCCGAAAUUCGGUCUCCGCCUUGUCUGGUUGUCACACCACCGGAGACCUCUGGUCGUCAAUCACAACAACUACCCAGCGUUUCUUUCUCAAGAGUAGAAAACAAAACGGAAGAAUGGUUGCGUGACGUCACUCCCCAGGAGAAGAAACCGUCGUAUACCAAGAGGCUCAGACCAAAGGUUAAUCGACAGAGAUUGCUAAAUGUUAUUGCCGCUCGAGAGCAAAAGGAACGUCCAAUGACUGCAAGACGUGACCUGAACUCCUCUGGAUCAAGAGAGUUGAAGUCUGCGUCUCCUAAAUGGCAUGAUGCAGGGAGACGGCUCGCAUAUGGUCUGAGUCAGAGUGUGAGAGGAGAGAGGGUGUUACACUCUCUGACAUUUGCUUCUUCUCAACAGAAUGCUGACUCUCUCGACGGGAAUGGUGUGGAAUCUCUUCCUUCCAUGUUGACUGUACACACAACUCGCAAACGAAACGGUGUGAGUCGCUAUGGACUGCUUUGCAUGGAAUGGGCGUCAGCGUCCUCUAACCUGUCAUCAGGGCUGCAACACCACAUGCGUGAGGAUCUUCCAUCCCAUGGGAGAGAAGGACGCGUGGACAACACCGGCAAUGACAAGAAAUCGGCUAUUGGAAAGACUCCACGAAGGAAUUAUCCAAUUUUUCACGAUCUCCCUGCCUUGCUUCUGUCCCACCACCAUCUCUUGGACAACAUGGAGAAAUCAAGAAAACGCAAGGCAGCGAUAGGUCAAUAGCAAAGUGAGAGAAG